CUGUCACCUAAGUGUGGGCUAAUGUAACAAAGAGGGAUUUCACCUACAUCCAUUCAAUCAAUGUAUGGGGGUUUAAAGAAAUUCCAAAGAGUCAUCAGAAGAGGAAAAAUAAAGGUAAUGUUUUUUCAGACAGGUAGAAUCUUUGAAAAUAUGUGUAAUAUGUAAAACAUUUUGACACCCCCAUCAUAUUUUUCCAGAAUUAAAAGUAUAAAUUGUUUCUCUUGUUCAAGAGCUUCCUAUCACUUGCUCUAAUCACUACUCACAGUAACCUCAACUCCUGCCACAAUGUACAAGGUGCAACUCUUGUCUUGCAUUGCACUAACUCUUGCACUCAUCAUAAACAGUGCACCUACUUCAAGCUCUACAAAGAAAACACAGCUCCAACUGGAGCAUUUACUACUGGAUUUACAGAUGCUUUUGAAUGGAGUAAAUAAUGACAAGAAUACUAAACUCCCCAUGAUGCUCAAAUUCAAAUUUUAUGUGCCCAAGAAGGUCACGGAAUUGAAACAUCUUCAGUGUCUCCAAGGAGAACUCAAACCUCUGGAGGAAGUGCUAAAUAUAGCUGAAAGCAAAAACUUUCACUUGAAAGAUACCAGGAACACAAUCAGCAAUAUCAACAUAACAGUUCUGGAACUAAAGGGUUCUGAAACAGUAUUCAUGUGUGACUAUAAUGAGAGAGUAACCAUUGCAGAAUUUCUGAAUAGAUGGAUUACCUUUUGUCAAAGCAUCAUCGCAACACUGACUUGAUAAUUAAGUGCUUCCCUCUUAAAACAUACUAGAUUUUUUAUUUAUUUAAAUAUUUAAAAUGUAUAUUUAUUGUUGAAUGUAUGGUUUGCUACCUUUUGUAACUAUUACUCUUAGUCUAAGAUUAUAAAUAUGGAUCUUUUAAGAUUCUUUCUGUAAGCCCUAGGGGCUCUAAAAGGGUUUCACUUAUUUAUCUCAAAGUAUUUAUUAUUAUAUUGAAUUGUUAAAUAUGUCUAUGUAGAUCAGUUAAUGAAAUUAUUUAAUAAAUUUGAAUAUAAA